AUGACUCCUUCUUCCUGGAUGAGUUCAAUACCAGGAUUCUCCACUGCUUCUUCACACUCGCAUGGUCGGUCAUUUGGGGGCAUGAAGAAGCCACCAACUCUUGAGGAAGAAAUGCGCAAUUUGGAACUAAUAAAGUUUCAAAUGGAGUCAGAGCCAAAAGUGAAGCCGCCAUCAGUACCCAUGAUGGAGCAUCUUGUGGGAGAUGACGAAGAAAGUGGGAUGGGUACCUCGUUGAACGCUCCACAAGAGGAAGAAGAGGAUGAUGAAUAUCCAUACAAAGAUGCCUGUAGGGCAGGUGGUGUUGACAAAGGCAACAAUGACAAUGUUUGUGACAUGGACUCGUUGUUCAGCUUUGCAGACGAAUGA